CCCCUCCCUAACAAGCAAACCCAAUAUACGUAUCUACCUAAUUCACGUUAAUAAGGAAGACUUUUCACUUCUGCCGCUACACAUGCAUCUUUAGUUCUUCCGCAUUCUGCAGCGGGGGGCCCAAAAGGGACUUUUACGGAAUUUUCUCCUGUAUUUUAGAUGUUUCAUAUAUUUACUGUGUUUUUGGCUGCUAAAAGGAGGCGCGGUCCCUCCUAGGCCACCCCCUGGCUACGCCCUUGUUCUGUGGUCUGUAAGCGCACCCUAAUGAAAUUAUUUGACCCAACAUUAUUGCCUAAUACCCUACUAUACUGCGCAGAGCUUUCUGUGUCCAUUGUUUCCUUUGUCAAAUUGUCAGGACGCGACAUCUCGCGAAACUUCAUAUCCGCAUUUUUACCAGACCCACUUCAAAGGUGAAACCUUUUUGCUUCAAAUGCAACGCUGGGAAGCCUUUUGAGUUUCCAGAGACGAUUUUUUUUGCUUGUCGCCCUACUUUAUUUAUAAAUGUCAAUUUUGGACGUCUAACACAAAUUUGAUACAAAUAUUGAACCACGCGCUCUUCUGAAAUAAUGCAUUUUUCAUAAUUCCAGAUGUCGUCGCAACAAAAAAAAUGUAUUUUCUAAAUAACAUAAAACAAGAUAAAAUUUUCUAAGUGGUGUGGCAAAUUAAUAGCCCUUUUUCGUUCUAGCCUUUCUGCCGAUUUCCCUACUAGAUUCGUUCUCUAGUAGCAGACAUGUAAUGUUUCACGGCUCGGAAUAUAAAAUUGCGUGCCUGCAUGUGACCCUUCUUCAAGUGAUGAUAUUAGGAUAAGGCGGGGGAUUUUCAGUCCCCCCUGGAACUUCCUUCAUGGGCACGUCUCCUCUAGAUCCUUCCGGGGGGUGCAUCAUGUCUGGCUGUUGUCCAGGGUAGGUAGUUGUGGUUUGAGUUUGCUGUUGUACACUUCCUUGACCUCGAUCUCGUCUCAUUCUUCGACGGUAAAUCCACCAGAUGAAAACACCGACUAAAACUAAAAAUACAACGCCUCCUACAACUCCGCCAACAAUGGCUGGAACAGGGUCGUAGCAUCUGUGUUGACAUUUGUUUUUACAGCAAGACAAAUAUCCAACGUGCAGGUCUUUGUCGUCGUUCAGGUUGCAGUCUUUGUCAACAUGGCAGCGAUAGCCAACACAAGAUGCAGCGAAAACACACUCGCUUGUGCAGCAUCACUGAUUGUAAGGGCAUGUCUCAGCCCUUGAUCUACAGAACUGACCAUCUGUGACACCAAAUCCAAAUAAUCCCGCACACAGAGCGACUAUCAGUAAACAGUGAUUCAUAAUUUCGUCUGUUCGCUAUGGUAUAUCUUACCGGAGUAAAACUGCCGAUCAUUAUUUGUAUUGGAUAUGGAUAUGCGAUCGCAAUGGCUCUUGGGAUGCCGCACGUUCUCGCCACCUGUCUCCAUAAACACUUGGUACAUGAAAAUGCGGACAUGGUUAGCAUAACUAAGACGACAGCGACAUUUCGUAAAAAUAAAUGGUUACUUCAUUCAUUUAAUAUGCAAACGUGAAUAUUAUCCCGUGCCAGCAUUUUGGCGAGAGAAAGAAACACGUUUUAUUUACUAUCUGUAAAUCAUUUUAUGUUGCAUUGCCGACUUAAGGUUUAUUCUUACUUGGACGUAAGCGCAAGCGGAACGCACGUAGUUUUCGGACUCUCACUAGAACAUAAGCGCAAGAUAACGCAACUACUCGAUUUUUUUGCGCUUGUGUUAGAAUCGAUCGAACCGAUUCUCGCUUUCGUCUUAGGGAAAACCAACCUUAAAUACUUCGCGUCCGCUGGCUUCUAUUGGCUGAGCGGCCUUUCGGUUUGAUGACGUCACUUUUGAUUUGCGUAUAGAAUGCGUGACAGCAGAGGGCUGUCCCAAGAUCCCUGGGGGACGAAGCUACUUUGGAUUCUACAUUUUUAUUUUCGGGUAAUGGAGAAGAAGACCGCAAACUUUGCCAUGUUUAUGGCAUGGCUUUAGGAUCUAUUGCACUUUCACUAGCAGUAGCAUUUAGUAGGGUGUACCUGCGAUAUCAUGACAUCAACCAAGUUGCUGCUGGCCUUCUGAUUGGUGGAGCUAUGGGUGUCGCCUGGUUUAUGUUUACGCAGACUGUCCUUACACCCUUAUUCCCUGUCAUAACAGCUUGGCCAGUCGCUGAGUACCUCAUGAUCCGUGACUCCACCCUGAUUCCCAGUGUCAUGUGGUUUGAGUACACACAGUCCCGGGUAGAAACAAGGAAACGUCAACGGCGAGGUUCUCACAACAGUUAUUACAAGUCACACACACAGUAACGUCGCUCUUGGGGCUGUAUGUGAGAGGUUGACAUGGAAACAAACCCAUCCCUCUUCACUAGGCAAGUGAAGAGGGAGAAUCAGUGCUUUGAUCAGGACCAGGAACUGGUAAUUACCAAUGACCUGGACACAGCUGCAAAAGUGCCCGCCAUAAAUAUAGUUUCAGUUUUAGUGAAACUAAUUGUAUACCCUCUUCUCCUCUAUGAAGCUAGAGUUAUUUUGGGUCUCAAUUGCUAAUGAGCCAGCACUGCUGUUAAAAACAGCCAGUGGUGUGGCCCAGCAAUGUUGGCGCUAUUUCUACCACAUCAACUACUGUAGGCUGGGGUAGUUGUGAAUUUGUUCGGCAAUAUUUCUUUUGUUUUGUGAUCAGCCAAGAGAAGCGCUGCCAGAAAUGUGAACCAAUGCUGGCUAGAUUCAUUUAACUAAAUAGUUUCAUUUGUACCAUUUGACCUUAAUUGCUUCCAUGAUUACAUGCACAUUAUACACUUAAGGGAUUCUGAAUGGUCUGUGUAUAUUGUAGUCUGCUUAGCAGCCGCUUUAAUGCCAUGCACGCCUGCAUGACACUAAAAGGGGCUGCUAAGCAGACUAUGUAUAUUGUGGACAUACAAUAAAUCAUUUUAAAUGAC